UAUAACAAGCCCACCACGCACUCUCCUCUCUUCACAUCUCACAUUUGUUAAGAGUUUUUAUUUACAAAGGCAUAGCCGAAAGCUUAGAGAAACAGGAGAAGAGGGAGAAAAAAAAAGAUCCUGAUCCCAUGGAGCGAGUUGCAUCACGCUGCGCCAGCCUGCUGGCACAAAGGGGAUACUCUGUUUCUGCGGCCCUGGCGAAGGGAGCCGGGAGGAGCGCCGAGGAGAGGACCGCCGUCGCGGUGAAACGCACAAUGGCGGCCAAGAAGGACGUGGCCACGGCGGCGGCUGCGGAGGAGAAGACGGCGUGGGUGCCGGACCCGGUGACAGGGUGCUACCGGCCGUCGAGUGGCGCCAAGGAGGUGGACGCGGCUGAGCUGCGCUCCAAGUUGUGCUGACGAGCCGACGGAUUUGACGGCUGUUCAAAUUUUCGCCUUAAGAAAUUCAGAUUCGUGUUGGGUCGAUCGCUGGUUCACUUUGGCCUAGCGCGUGAUAGAAGGGGGCCUCCGCCGGAGUAUAACGUAAUUCCAGGCGUAUUUACCGUCGCAGUUCCAGCGUUGAGGACUACCGCGUCUCGUCCAGGAUGUAUCUUCCCGAUGUUCUGUUGCUAUAAAUUGUCUGUACUAUGGUAACUCACGUGUAUUCCAAAACAAGAAGUCGUGACAGGUUGUAGAAGGUGUUAGAAGUAAAUUGUGUACUAGACAAGAAUGAAUCGGUAUAUUAUUGAUAAUUGAUUGUACAAAUAUAUAGUGGAUCAAAUAUGGCAGCUCC